UGGUCAUACAUCAGACACAUUUUAGUGGUUAUCAUCGACUCCUCCCGCUCGACAGUUUGAAGGAUUUAGAACUAAAUUCCCUGCUGUGGGACCACACCCUCACCUGUGUGGCGUGUCCGGGUGGCUCGUACUUUUUGUCCACCCCCCCUUUUCCGUGUCUGCAGAUAUGCGCUCCGGACUGGUUUUUGACGAGUGACAGCACUGAAUGGAACAUGGUCAGAAAGAAAUGUAAACCCCGAAAGUUUUCCUCCUAACUGUGUCACUAACAGCGACAGAGAAGGCAAAAAUGAAAGACACAGCAGGAGAAGCAGGAAGCGGCACAGAUAAGAAAUCUGAGAAGGAUCAGAGUUGGAUUCCCAAAAUCAUCAAGAAAAGAGUAUGCACCACCUUUGUGGAAGACUCGUUCAGUAAUGGCGGGCUAUGUCAGUGUGGAGGUGCGAGAGAUGCCCACGCCUCUGUGGCUCUGGGGGACUACUUCAGCACAGCCAUCGUCAACCACUGGGACAGCGCCCAGCACUCGUCUGAAUACCCCACUGAUGCCUUUGGAGAGCUGCAGUUCGCAGGAGCGAGCAAGAGACACAGCUACUUCCUGCGGCUGUCAUGGGACACCCUGCCGUCCAUGGUUUACACCUUGAUGACAACCCACUGGGGGCUCCCUGCGCCCAACCUGGUUAUAUCUGUUGUGGGUGGAGAAGGCAGAGCAAAGGUGAAGACCUGGGUUCGAGAGGUCCUCAGACAGGGUCUGGUGAAAGCUUCUCAAAGCACAGGUGCGUGGAUCCUGACAGCAGGCCUGCGUGAAGGCGUGGGCAGGUGUGUGGGGGAGGCGGUGAGGGAUCACGCCACUGCCGCCUCGUCGGUCAGCCUCAACAAGGUGGUGGCGCUGGGCAUAGCUCCGUGGGGUCUCGUUCACAACAAGGAGCAGCUGGUCAACCCUCAGGGCAGCUUUCCUGCGAAGUACUACGUCCAGAACACAUCCCGGGACUCCUGCUGCCUGGACAACAACUACCAGGCCUUCCUGUUGGUGGACGACGGGAGUGUGGGCCGCAGGGGAGGAGAGACGGGUUUCAGAGCCAAACUGGAGGACUACAUAUCCCACCAACGCACAGGGAUAUGGGGUAGUGGCAGUAUUGACAUCCCUGUCCUGUGUAUGCUGAUAUCAGGCGAAGCCAGCAUGCUGGAGAGAGUGGACCUUUCACUAAAGAGCUCCAUGCCCUGGCUGGUGCUGGCUGGCUCUGGGGGCAUGGCGGAUUUCCUGAGUGACAUCUUGGAGAAUCUGUCUUCAGCCCCAGGCGUCCAGUCCUCCGGUGAGGGCGACGGCGAGGUCACACCCAGUGUGGAUCUUAAAGAAAAAGUAGCAGAACGGGUUCGGAAGUACUUUCCAACAGAAGCUGUGACAGACAAACUUGUAGAACAGGCUCUGAGCAUCUACCAGAACAGAGAUUUGAUUACGGUCUAUCAUGGAGAGCAGGAGGGUCCAAAUGACUUUGACACAGUGCUACUUAAAGCAUUGGUGGGAGCGAGUAAGCACCGCGCUUCAGUUGAUGCUAGUCCGUAUAAUGAAGAGCUCAAGUUAGCCGUUACAUGGAACAGGGUCGACAUUGCCAAGAGUGAACUCUUUAAUGGAGACAUCCAGUGGAGGUAUGAUGAUUUGGAGGACUCCAUGACGGACGCCCUGAUUAAUGACAAGCCCCAGUUUGUGCGACUUUUCACCGAGAAUGGCUUGAACAUCCUGGACUACUUGACGUAUGGCAGGCUGGAGAGCCUCUACCAAUCGGUGGCAGAGGGAACGCUCUUAUACCAGCUGCUUCAGCGCCGCUUAGGGCUGCGUCUGGGAAAUACAGCCUUUCCCAAUACCUCAUCCAUCGCACCAGAUUCACCCACCAAAUUGAUAGCAGAGAACACUUCGAGCAAACCAGUGGUGGAGAUCAGCCUUUUUGAGGUCUCAGGGAUCCUGGAACUCCUACUGGGUGAUGUUUGUCAGCCAUUUUAUUAUGAAGUUCUGGGCUUAGAAAAAAUAUCAUCCAAAAGGAGAGCUCUAAGGCGUGUCAGCAAGAUGCUGCGUGGAGAUUGUCAGUAUAGACAGAUGCGAUGCCUCUUCCCCUGGGCUUCACUCUUCAUCUGGGCUGUCCUGCAGAAUCGGAGUGAGAUGGCCACUUUCUUCUGGGAGAUGACUGGCGAGCCGGUGCUGAGUGCUCUAAGUGGCUGUAAGGUGCUGAGAGAGCUGUCCAAGCUGGAGGUUGAGACUGAGACCAAGCUCUCCAUGAAGGAGCUGGCGCAGAGGUUUGAGAACCUGGCACAUGAUGUCUUCAGCUCUUGCUAUCGCAGCGAUGAGAGCCGUUCCUUCACACUGCUCAUCAGAAAAUCUCCUGUUUGGGGCGGCACCACCUGCUUACAGAUGGGCAUGGGUGCGGAUGCGCGACUCUUCUUCAGCCACGAUGGAGUACAGUCUCUGCUGUCUCAAAUCUGGUGGGGUGACAUGAAGAGGAACACGGAGGUGUGGAAGCUCCUGCUGACUUUCUUCUGCCCCCUCCUCUGCUACACCAAUCUCAUCUCCUUCAGGGAGCAGGAAGACAAUCAAGAAGAGGAUGAGGGGAAGCCUAAUGAGGACUAUCCUGGACGGGACGCUGACAACCUCUAUGGGGCCACCGUCUUCUCUUUCUCUGACAUCAAGCACCUUGAGGCUGAAACACAAGAAGUAACCACCCCCCGGAUCGGCACCAUCAGAGGGAGGCCCCAGCCACACAGACCGCCCAAACGACCGUUCAUCGUGUCACGCUGGCGCCAGUUCUGGUUCGCCCCCGUCACCUCUUUUUUGGGAAACGUCCUGAUGUACUUCCUCUUUCUCUUGCUUUUUGCCUACGUGCUUUUGGUGGACUUUAAGCCGCCUCCACCUGCUGGACCGGCCAUCACCGAGUACGUGCUGUAUUUUUGGGUGUUCACCAUCGUGUGUGAGGAGAUCAGAGAGAUCUUCUUUUUAGGGUCGAUGACUUGGCGUCAAAGCCUCAGGGUCUACAGUCAGGAUGUGUGGAAUAAAUGUGACCUCACUGCCAUAACACUCUUCAUCAUAGGACUGGUCUGCAGGAUGUUCAAGUGGUCGUAUGGAUUUGGCCGGGAAGUGCUGUGUGUUGACUACAUGGUCUUCGCCCUUCGCCUCAUUCACAUUUUCGCCAUUCACAAACAGCUGGGACCAAAAAUCAUCAUUGUAGGCAAGAUGAUGAAGGACGUUUUCUUCUUCCUCUUCUUCCUCGGCGUUUGGCUCAUGGCAUACGGUGUAGCCAAUCAGGCUUUACUUUAUUCCUACGACCCUAGCUUGGAUCGCAUCUUUCGCAGAGUUUUCUACAGGCCUUACUUGCACAUCUUUGGACAGAUUCCUGUGGAGGAGGUUGAUGUUGGGAAGCAGUGGGAUAUGGACUGCACAAAUAAUGUGACAUUGAUCGACGCUGGUGCAGAGCCAUGCAGAACUCUUUACAGUAACUGGCUUGUGGUAGUCCUGCUGGUUGUUUAUCUGCUGGUCACCAACAUUCUGCUCAUCAACCUUCUCAUUGCCAUGUUCAGCUACACUUUCAAUGAAGUUCAGGCAAACAGUGACAUCUACUGGAAGUUCCAGCGCUACAACCUGAUUGUCCAGUACCAUUCCCGCCCAUCCCUGGCUCCUCCUUUUAUUGUCCUCUCACACAUCAACCUCUUCAUCAAGAGAAACAUCCGCAAAGUGCCUUCUAUCAAGAUCCACCACUUUGUGCUCCAGUUGAGAGGGAAAGCCGCAAACAGAUUAACAACUUGGGAAACCAUUCAAAAAGAAGACUUCAUGACAGCUCAGAACAAAAUCCAGAAAAGCAGUGACUCAGAGAGACUCAAACGGAUGAGUGUCAAGGUGGAUGGUGUUUUGAAACAUCUGACCGAAAGCAGAGACUUUGACCACAGAUUAAGGGCAUUAGAGAAUGAGAUGGAGUAUUGCUCCAAUGCUCUCAGCUGGAUUGUAGAGACUUUGGCACAAGGCAGCUCAUUUAAACCUUCUCGUCCGCCACCUACAGUAAGAGAUGCCUUUACCUCUUCAGUGAGUUGAACUGGAUUUGGUGGAGACAUAGUCGUACUUUCUGCUUAAGGAGCAUGCAUCACCAACAGGUCAAGCUGGUUUACAGCAUGGAUUAUUUCUGGGCUUGCCUCCAAGGUUACUGGUCUUAUAGGUCAAUAUCAGUAAGAAAGGUUAAAGAUGUUACAGCUUCUGAUAGUAUUGAAUAAAUGCAGUUUUAUUUAAAUGCCAAGGCUACUGAAAUGUUAUGAUGAAAUUAUAUAUGUUUAUUGCCAUUUAUUUGCCAAUGCCCAGAUGUUUUUAGUCUAAAAAAAAUAGUUUUAUUAUACCAUAUAGACACUUCAUGUUUUUUACUUUUGCUUUAUUUUUUCUCUAACACUAGGAAAAGGUUACUUAUACUACUAUCAUUUAUUGGUGUUGAAUAUUAGUUUUUAUCAAUACAUUUUAUACAUAUGAGAAUGAAUGAACCCUGUUAAGAAUUUU